AUUGUACUCUCCUCUUACCAUGUGUGGGCGUUUCGCGAUGCAUCUUCGAGAAGUGAGCUGGUCCAGUACCGGGGGUGCCCACAUUUUUAUUCUUGGGUUUCUUAGCGUCAAGAAAUCCGAGACCGAACAGGUUACGACAUAGACGUUGGGGAAUGGAUAGAGGAAGACCAAUUUGUUCCUCGGUACAACAUUGCUCCGCGUACUCGUGCUCCAGUUAUUAGACGAAGGCGGGAUGCGCUCACCGACAAUCGAGUUCAAGAUGAGGCGGCAACCAUUUCCAGCACCGACGCGUUGAGUUUGACAUCCGAGUUCGUGUUACAUUCCAUGAAAUGGGGUCUUGUUCCGCACUGGAGCAAACACGAAGACAAGACAUUGAAUACCACAAACGCGCGCUCUGAGAAUCUUAUUGAAGGAGGGGGUAUGUGGGCUAGUUUGAAGGGCAAGAGACGAUGUGCCGUCGUCUGUGAAGGGUACUACGAAUGGCUUACCAAGGGAAAAGAGAAGCUUCCACACUUUACAAAGCACAAGGAUGGUCGUCUGAUGCUCUUGGCCGGACUCUACGACUGCGUUCUCCUAGAAGGGGAGACUCAGCCGCUAUGGACAUUCACUAUCGUGACCACUGCGGCCAACAAAGAUUUUCAAUGGUUGCAUGACCGGCAACCUGUAAUUCUAUCGACACAAUCCGAACUGAAGACAUGGCUUGACACUACCUCUCAGUCAUGGACAAAAGAAUUAAGCAGAAUGGUCCAACCUUACAACAACCCGGCAGCACCACUCGAAUGCUAUCAAGUUCCGAAAGAAGUCGGUAAAGUAGGAACAGAAUCACCAACUUUCAUUCAACCCGUCUCUCAACGAAAGGAUGGGAUCGAGGCCAUGUUUUCAAAGCAGAAGUCAAAAUCCUCACAAAUCAAGAACUCUCCGACCAAACGCAAACGAAGCUCGACCCCACCGCCUGCGCCAACCGUGAAGUCGGAGACUAUGGAUAGCGAGGACGAUGUGGAUGGUCCUGGUCCCUCAACGCCCAAAAAGGUCAAGACGUCCCAACAGAGAACACAAAAAUCUCCACAGAAGGGGAGCCGUGUCUCUCCUGGGAAAACUACGAAACCUUCAUCCAAUAAAGGGCAGAUAACCUCUUUUUUCGCAAAAUCAAUGUGAGCCUGCAUGUCGCACUUCCUGUCUUCUUUCUGGGACCGUCUUUCAUCUGUAUUUUUUAUCUGUAUAUAGUAUCUUUAGUUUAUUCGGGGCCUCCAAC